GAGAGAAUGGGUUGUGAUUAGGAGAAGGAGGUAUGAUUGGAAGAAGUGGUUAUGAGUGAAAGAAGGGGUCUCUCCUAUCUCUCGCUGUCAGUACGUUCGACGACUCGAGAUUGUUAUCGCGCACACGCGGUUUUUGAUAGGUGAGCGGGAGAAGGGAGUAUGAUUGGGAGAAAGGGGUAUGAUUGGAAGAAGGGGUUAUGUUUAGGGGAAGGGGUUAUGAGUGAAAGAAGGGUGUCUCCUAUCUCUCGCUCCGUGCGUUCGCCGACUCGAGAUCGUUGUCGGGCGCGCGCGGUUUUGAUGGAUGAUUUGAAGAAGGGGUAUGACUUGAAGAAGGGAUUGAGAGUGAAAGAACAGGUUUUCUCUAUCUCUUGGUCUUUGUGCGCUCGCCGACUCGAGAUCGUUGUCGUGCGCGCGCGGUUGUUGGUGAUGAAAGAAGGAGAGGGUUUCCUUUGGCGAAGGACGUGUGAUAUAUGGGAGGUCACCCCGCUUGGUAGUGAAUUUACAGCAGACGCGCGCGUUCCACGAAGCGGAUUUUUAAAACUCUCGCUGUGGCUCUUAAUGCGAAUAUCUCAUCUGGGAGUUUAUCAUAAUCUUUCAGAAUCCUCUCUUGAUAUUUUAGAAGCUAUAUACCUUACGAUCCGCAGAUACAACUACGGCCCCCUGCAUCCCCGGUCUGGGACCCUGCGGCUCUACGGACGCGACGCGCCGCCCUCGGAAUAUUCAUUUUGAGGUUCGGCUAUCAGCGCUAACGCUUUACGCGUCUCCGCGUCUCAGCCCUAUCGAUCGUCUCGUCUUUCCCUCCUC